AUGCCUCCAAGGCCUGCUCCUACGCAUUUUCUCUGCAUACCCCUCGCUGGGAUGCAGCUGGCCAAUACUCUUGCAUCUUUUCGGACUGAUGUGACCAGCGCAAUGAGCUUCGGCCUGCCCAAGGACGCGGUCCGGCCAUUGGGGACGCUGCAUCUAACACUCGGGGUCAUGUCACUGAAUCAGGACGGCGUGGGAAAAGCAGUAGAAAUACUUAAGGGCCUAAAAUUGAGAGAAAUACUUGCCGAGUCAAGAGUGGCCAACUCUAAUAGGAUGUCUGCUGCUGCCCUGGCUCUAUCGGGAGGGGAUACCGAUGAGAGUCAGUUGUCACAUCCAAACGGCGGCCUUUCUCUCACAAUUCGAGGACUGCACUCAAUGCAGCCAGCAGCGAAAGCAACUGUAUUAUACGCACCUCCCUCAGAUCCUACAGGCCUUCUAUACGAUUUCUGCAAGCUGCUACAAAAGCCCUUUCAAGACAGUGAACUGAUGAUUGAUGAAAAUCGCCCGUUACUGCUUCAUGCUACCAUCGUCAAUACCAUAUAUGUCAAGAAUAGUGGCGGCAGCAGUGGAGCAAGAGGAAAAAGGCGAGAGAAGCUAACAAUCGACGCAAGAGAUGUGUUAGCUCGGUACGAUGAUUACGUAUGGGCUGAAGAUAUGCCCAUCACUCGCGUCGCUCUGUGUAGAAUGGGCGCCAAGCCGAUUGAAGGGACCGACGACGCUGCAUACGAAGUUGAAGCUGAUGUCGAAUUUGAGUGUUGA